GUGACUUUAUUUGCUUCAUUCCUUUCAGCUCCACCUUACCUGACAGCUAGCGAUCUCCUUCAUCAGCAAUUUCUCUGGCUUUCCACUUCAUCUCGUCGUAGUUCGUGAUGGAUUCCAGACUAAAGCAACCCGAGCAACGGAAUAAGAGCGUCGGUAACGCAGGGAUGUUCAAAGUUCCACCACGUCCGUCAACCAGCCGGAUUCCUUACGCUCCAUUACCGAAUCAAGGCAAUGAUUCCGGAGCCACGCCAAAGGCUUCGUCUCCUGCGAGGUCACACCGCUCCUCAUCUGGUUCUUGCUUUGAGACACCUGUCGCCGCUCCAAGUUCCUCGAGGCGCCUUUCAUAUGCAGUCAAUUCUGGUAUCAAGCCCAGCCGGCCUUCUUCCGUGUCCAAGGGAAGAUCCUCAAUUGUGGCCCCGGCAUACAGCAACCUGAGCUCUGCGAAGAAACCAGGAGAAGAUCCUCGUCCCUUGAAAGACAAGGCUUACCAGGCAGAUUGCAUUCAGAACAUUUAUGCAUUUUUGGAGAGCCGUGGCUUUGACAAACCAUUUGAUGCAGGAAUGCUUCAACUUCCGUCAAGUAAGCUCUUCCUGAAGAUCUUUGAGUUCGUUAUGAAGCAGAUAGAUCCGAGAUUCAAGUACGGGAAUAAACCAGAAGACGACAUUCUGGACUUCGUCAAAGGACUGCACUAUCCGUACAAUCUUUCUCGAAGCUCGUUGCAGCAGGCUGGAACUCCCCACACGUGGCCACCAUUGUUGGCGAUGUUGAACUGGCUUGUUCAGACGAUUAACUUCAGUGAUGCUACUUCUGGUCCUGGAACCACCGCUGCACAACCUGCACAUUUGACACCUCGACGCUUUGAGGCUGGUCCAUUGACAAACUUGACUUCAGAGACAUCGCCGCUUGAUGAGGAGGGUUGCAGGGCAGUGUUCUUUGAGUUCAUGAAGGAGAGCUACAACGUUUUUAUGAACACCGAGGAUGAGACGAUUUCCGAUGCAAAGAGCCAAGAGAUGAUGCAACUGUUCACGACUUACUUCGAGGAGGCUCGGCAGGAGGUGGCACUCGACGUGGAGAAUCUCAAAACGGAGCUUUCGCGCCACCUUGGAGCGCAUGCAGGAUAAAUCUGAACUGAAGAAGCUGCAGGAGGAUAAAGAAAUACUCGAAAAGCUGCUCAGCGAUCUGAUCAAAGAGACUCAACGUGGGGAGAAAGACUUACAAGGAUACGAGGAGGUCCUUCUGGACAAACAGCAAGAGCUCAAGAAAUGCGCUGAGAUCACAGCUGGCAUCCAGGAAGACAACGCACUGCUUUGCAAGCGGAUUCAGGAACAGCGAUUUUCAAAAGAUGACAUCGAACACAUGGAAGAGAAGUUAGCUCGCAGGAAGGCCGUGUUACAAAUGCUGAAGGAAAACCGCAUGCACGCUGGGAAGGAGGCAAGCAAGGUGGAGAUACAAAAGGUCAAGAUUAUGGAGGAGAUCGGGCAAGCAGCUAAGAAGUUCAAUCAGAGGGCGGCCAGGUAGGUGAAAGCUUUUUGUGGAAUACCUCACUGAAAGUUCUAUCCUCACGCCUUCAAGAUUGCAUGCAGGCUCAAACUUAUACCUCCAUCUAACAAGCAUGCUGAGGGCCGUUGCUUCUCCAUUCAAAUCAAUCCGCAUGCAAAAACUGCUCAGGAUAUGAUGUCUGACAGCAUGCCAAAGGCAGAUAUCCGUGCAGCUAUUCAGCAAGUGAAGGAGAAGUACAACUCUAAAGAACAAAGGCUGCAUGCCGAGCUGACACAGCUGGACAUGGAGCUGGCUGAAGAAUCAGAAGCGGUUGAAAAGCUUGCUGUUGAACUGGAAACUACGGAGAAGAUGAAGAAACGGGACGAGGAAGAAGUGUUGGCUGCAACUGAGAGGGCUAAGCAGGAAGUGGAGGCACGCUUAGAGGACGUUCGAAUGAGGGCAUUUGCUGCACGGACAGAAAUUGAAAACCGGGCAGCCACUCUGGAGAGCCUGAGGCAGAAGAGCCAGGAUUGUGACAUGGAGAUGGAGAAGCGCCGACAGGAGGAGAACAAAGAAAUGGAGAAAUUGAAGGAAAGGACAUUGCGCCUGGAGAGUAUGCUGGAUUAUGCCGCAAAGCAUGUCCAUCAGGCCAAUGACCUUGUUACCGAAUCAGUAGGGAAUGCUAUGGAUGCCCUUGAAAAGCUACCCAGCUGACCGGGGUAACGGGGUUGCGGAAGGUGCUAGUUUGUUUCACUGUCAUUUCUGCC